AUGAGGGAGCAGGAGGCCGAACGCAGCGGGACCACUUCACAGCGGCCGCAGCCCUCCCCGGUGGAGAGCCAGGUCCUGGCCCUGGUUCGGCAGGAGAUGGCGGCCUUCCAGGCCCGCUUCUCCGUCCUGGAGGGCAGGGUCCUACGGCCUCUCCUCGUGGCGCCGAAGCCCCCAGCGGCCCAAAGGAUCAUGGGCCUGGACGACUCAGUUACUGCGGAGGAGGUGGUGGCCGCCGUCGCUAGGACGGGUGGGUGCUCCGCCGACGAAGUCAAGGCGGGCACCAUACGUCCCGACUUCAGGGGCACGUGCACCGUCACGGUGAGCUGCCCCGUGGUGGCGGCCAAGACCAUAGUCGGCGGCCGUAGGUUACUGGUUGGUUGGGUGUCGGCACAGGUCAAGUUGCUGGACCCUAGACCCCUGAGGUGCUUCCGAUGCCACGUCGGGCAUCAUGUAGGUGUUCGUUGCACCUCGGAGGUCGACCGCAGCGCCCUCUGCUUCCGCUGCGGUCAGCCCGGACACAAGGCCGUGGCUUGUAGUGCCGCGCCGCACUGCACUGCAUGUGCGGCUGCUGGCAAGCCGGCCGAACACCGGGCAGGAAGCAAGUCCUGUGCCCCACCCGCCAAGACCAAGGAUAGCUUAAACAUACAAUCCCUUAACGUUUCUCUAGAGGCUGGUUACCAGAGGUAA